UUUAUAAAGCAGUUAAUUUAUAACAGACAAACCCAGAUUAUCACUCUUUGGAAGAGCAAAUAUUUGUUGAAAAGCUUCUAUAUGGGACAGACAUCUUCACCUUGUUUUUAAAUCUAGUUGAUUGAGAAAAGUAACAGAGGACCUACCUAAUAGGAAAAGAGAGCUCAUUACUGAAUGUCAACAUGAAAACAGGAAUUUACCUACUUCUCUUAAGUGAAAUAUGUGUUGAAAUCAGCAAGGCUGGCAUCAAACCUAAAAUUCCCAAGGAGGAAAAAGAGAAUAAUUUCUUGGACAGAAAUAAAAAUGUCAAUACUUCUGAAGAGCGGCAUCAUCAUAAAAAUAUCUCUAAGUCUUUUGAAGAGCAAGGUCUCGAAGAGUUCACUCUUUACAACUUCACUGAAAAGACUGCAAAUUUUGGAUUUAACCUCUACAGAAAAAUUGCAAUGACACACGAUAACAAUGUAAUCAUCUCUCCCCUUUCCGUAUCAGCUCUCAUGACUGCAUUUAUGCUGGCAGCAAAAGGGGAAACACACAGACAAAUAGUAAAAGGUUUAAACUUUCAGGCUUUGAAGGACAGAGUGGAACGCCAUCAUUUACCAGCCUUGUUUAAACAACUGAAAGAUAACAUCACAAUGAAUGAAGAACUUCUCCUUGUGCAAGGUACUCUUUCUUUUAUCCAAAAGGACUUUACACUCAAGGAGUCUUUCCUCAACUUAUCUAAGCAGUACUUUGAUAUGGAAUUCCUGAGAGUGGACUUUCAAAACUUUACACACGCAAAAUUUGUCAUAAAUCAAAAUAUUAACAAAAGCACCAAAGGAAAAAUACCUGAGUUUUUUGAAGAUCUUGACCGUCAUAAUAAACUGCUAUUUGUCGACUACACUGUCUUUAAAGGCAAGUGGGUCUACCCAUUUAAUUCCAAAUUCACAGAAAUUGAGACUUUCCACAUAAACAAAUACAGAAGUGUACAGGUACCCAUGAUGUUCAAGUCAGAUAAAGUGAAUUCAACUUUUGAUGAGAACUUAAGAUGCACUGUGAUAAACCUACCCUACAAAGGGAAAGCCCACAUGCUGAUUGCCAUCCCAGAAAAGGAGGGAGAUUAUAUUUCACUUGAAGACCAUUUGACUACAGAGCUUGUGGAAUCCUGGCUUGGAAACAUGAAAACCAGAAAAGUGGAUAUUUCAUUUCCAAAAUUCAAACUAGAACAAAAAUACAAAAUGAAGAAAUUGCUUCAUGCUCUUGGAAUUAAAAAUCUCUUUACACGUAUGGCAGAUCUUAGUCAUCUCACAGAUCAAGGAUACGUAGCAGUUUCACAGGUUGUCCAAAAGGCAGUAAUUGAAGUGGAUGAAGAAGGAACUGAGGCCACAGCAGCUAGUGGGUCAGAAAUAAUUGCAUUCACAGUGCCUCCUGUCAUCAAGGUGGACCGACCAUUCCUUUUUAUGAUUUUUGAAGAAACUUUUAAAACACUACUGUUUAUUGGCAGGGUGGUUGAUCCAACAGAAAUGUGAAUAAAGGCAUUAGAGAUUUCCAUCUGCUGCUCCCACCUUAUCGCACCAGAACGUUGCUUCCACCAGUCUCUGGUUCCAUUCUUUUUCUGUCAGACGAUCUAAGAGUUGGAUUUUCUGUUUUUUCUUCAUACAAAAGAAGAAACACACAUAAUAUGUUGUUGCUAUAUUAUUAAAUAACAUAACAGGAUAAACUGCAAAUGCGUGCAAUAUUUUAAUACAACUCUUAGCUGCUGUACUUUAAAAACUACUAGCUGCUCUGCUGCACCCACUGAAAAAGCCAAAUGGACACAUUCUGAGGGCAUUCUUCAAAAGAAGGGUGUAUUUCUCCAGUAAGAUGGAGAGCUGCUUCAGAAGAUGCUGUAGAGAUCCCUCUAAGUGAGAUGGUUAAGGCAGCACAAGCAGUCUACUUACGGCUACAAACAAUGCCAGAGAUCUCCACCUUAACCCAUGAUAAAAUCUGGGGCAAGUGGAGUCAGGGAAGAGAAAGGAGCUUAGAGCUCUUUACAGUGCUAUUUCUAGGUCUUCUGUUGAUCAUGUCACUUGGGCAAUUUCUGCACUUUUCAGGGCCUUAAUACUUUAAUCAUUAAAUACACUGUUCUUCAGCUUCACAGAGUUGUUUUAUGUCAGUUAACAACAGUUUGUAAUGGUCAGAGAUCUUUGGAACAACAGGGCUUAGCUUUUAGAACUCAGGAAGUAUUUGCAUCAAUAUUUCACAGUAUCAUUUACAAACAAAGCAAGAUACUCUGUUUCACCCUUCAAAAAUUGCUGAUGGAAUCUUUCAUGAUAAUACACCAGUGUUAGGAUACCUAAUAGCUUCAUCUUAGAAUUAGUACCUAAAUCACAUGCCAGUCCCACUGGGCCUCAGAACUCUCACCAGCUUAAAUGGCAGAAGGAAAACACGGUCAGAAGCUGUGAGUAACCACUCACGGUGUAGUGGAUCAGUGGCAGAGCUACUUCAUCUUAUGCUCAACUUCCUAAGCAAUUAUAUGACUGGCUGAAAUACACUAAGAUACUUAUGUAUAUAAUUGAUACAACAUGGUCACACACCAAUGUGGAUGUCUUAAACGUCAGUUGUGGACAUCUUAUAAAACACUGAUAUCAAUUUAUUAUUAAGAAAUUUAUUUCUAUGCAACAAUAAAUCUACUCCCACUUCUUACAGGAUGGAAGACCUGUACCCCUCAUUCUUGAACUAGGUUUUAAUUGAAAGUGAACUAAAAUCAGGCGUUAUCUGUAUGUCUAUAGGCAAAAUGCAAAAUUCUUACAUGCUGUUUAUAAAGCUGGAUAUUUUUAUUGGUGAAUCUAUUAAGUUGUGGAAAACAGUUUUAACCAAUUGCAUAUUGAAAUCAGUCAUACUACAGUAAACUCAGGCAAAACAGUAAUUCUCAUCCUAAAAAACAAAAUCUUAAUCUCAUAAAAAUUAAAACAUUUAAAAGAAGGUAAUAAAGCUACAUAGCAUAACAAUACAAGAUCAGACUACUUGAUGGAAUGUAGUAUUUAUGAAUCACGUCAAUUUCUGCACUAGGAUGAUUCAUGAUCUAACUGGCAACUCUUCAACAGAAAAUCAGAAAAGCACAUUUGCUCUGCAAAUUGACUGAAAUACUCAACCAGCGCUUUCUGUGAUUCUUCCCUAUUCCAUAAAGUCCUUAAAAUCAGGUAUUGUCUUGCAAUUCCAACAUUAAAUUAUAAAGGUGCAUCUUCAGCAUAAUUCUUGCAUUUUCUAUUGUCUAGGUAUUACCUAAGGUCUAGCAAAUGACACCAAAACUAAUGGUCAUUUUCUUGUCACCUGCUUGUGAGCACUGGAUCAGGAUUUAUGGAGACUUUCUUUUUCUUGAAUCUACAUUAUUUUUAAGAGGGACUAUUUUAAUUGCCAUAAGUAGCUCUGAAAUGGGAGAAACAAAAUAUUUGAGCUAAUGAGUAUGGUAAGUAAAGACCUCAGUUCUGCACCAAAGUGACUUUGGGUUUUGAAAAGUUGAAAACAACAUGAAUAUAUGAAAUCAGAAAGUCUUCGUCUCUGCAAACUGCACUAUGCUGUCCAAAGUGAACAUCUGCCAAUAUUCAGUAGUUUUACAGAAAAGAUUGCACUUAAGCAAUAAAAUAUUUUGUCCAAAUAUACAUCACUUUGAACUGAGAAUCAUUAAUUACAUCUGUUUAUAUUUUAACUAUUAAACACCAUAUUACUGCCCAAUCUUCCAUUCUUCACGAACGCACAUAAUUCCUUAGAAAAGGAAACAUAUUAGAAGCUACCUUACUCAUCUUGCAGAGCCAAUAAACUAAAAGCUAGGACUUGCCAGAAUUAAGAUGGUCAGUGCAAUGUUUAACCAGCGCAUACAUAAAUUUACAUGAUGAUAUAGUCUAAAUAUAUACUCAAGUUUUAUUUUCUCACAAGUUUCCUGCCUUAAUGAGGGCAUAGAUGGCAACUCUCAUUGUACAAUUUUAAAAUUCUUCUCUCAGUAAGUGUCAUUUCUGUCAAUUGCUUAUAUAGUUGGAUAUUAAAUUUUUCUGUCACUCAA